AUGCUCCUCCCAAGUUUCCUGGAGUGGCAAGCUGGAUGGCGAAACGAUUGGGUUAAUAACUCAGGAAUCACCAGACAUGUCUUUGAUGAUGCGGUGUCUGCUUUUAUAACGGAGGUUAUCAGCAUUGGUGACAAGUCAAAUCAUCAAAAUAAAAAGAUUCUAGAUAAUUGCAAAACAUGGCGAACUUGCUCCUCGCCUUUGCAACAAAGAUCCCUAUACUGCUCUCUGGCUGCCAACUAUUCGAAGGAUGUACCCGAAUUCCAAGUUCAUACUGAUGAUCCGCGAUGCUCGAGCUGUGAUCCACUCGAUGAUUGA